GUUGCCGCAAGUACAGCGCUCGUCAGAGCCGUCAACGCUACCUCGACCAACCGAGUGAAGAGACCACUCAGCGGUUCCUUGGGAGGCAUGGAGUAUGUCUGGGGCUUACAUGAUUUCGUGCGGGAGCACGAGGACGAGAUAGAUUUCAAAGCGGGUGAUCGAAUACUCGUCGUUGAGAAAGAUGACCUCUAUCAAGACGAAUGGUGGAAGGGGACAAACCCGGCUGGCCAGACUGGCCUGUUUCCAAUGAGCUAUACUACUCCUCAUCCGCCGACUGACGUUGUUGUGCCAAUGGCUCCUGCUUCACAGAUACUUGGCAGCGUCCCGGAGGAAAGCGACUCGCAGGGAGGGGAUCAUGAGGAGCCUGAGGCACUUCGCACCUCGGGCCCGACACCUGGUAAUACGCAUCGGGAUACGCGUGCUCUCUUGGCGCAGAAUGCUUCUCGACAAAAUAGCAAGAAGGUUCUACAGUCCCAUCGGCCCCCCAUCGAAGUGGAACUAGCAGUCUUUUCACACAAGGAUGUGAGCGAAAGUCCUCACUCUGUGUCGGAUAUGCCGGUGCAGCCAGCAGUUCAGGAAGCAAUUAACGAGGAGACGGAAGAUAGCUUAAAACAGCAUGAUCAACAGAGUACCUUUGUUACGCCCAAACUUCCAGUUAAUGGAAACUUGCGAAAUGGCACCUUUACAAUGGUCCAACCUCCCUUACCUGCCAAGAAAGAGGAGUCCCGAGCUCCCACCCCCAUUCCUGGAAUGCCCGCUGAAAAAUCCUAUAUCGAUAAGGAGUCCAUACCCCCAUCCACCAGUCUUUCUGCAGAACAACCGAUCUCCGAGACCACCACCAUCACUGAGCUCCCAGCUCAAGAACCAUCCCAAUUUUCUGCAUCAAAACCAGUAUCGUCUUCCUCUGCUAAGUCUCUUCGGAACAAGCGGCCUAGUGUUUCAUCUUUCAAGCCAUCACACCUGUCUCAGGAGAUUACUCAUGGACCUCCGGUUCCUCCAGCGGAUAUCUCUGUGGACAUCGGGAACUUUAUUGAACAUGAGAUCAGUGGAGAUGUCCUCCUCGAACUCGAUGUCAAUAUGUUGAAAGAGUUGGAGAUUCAUGCGCUUGGCAAACGGAUGAAAAUAGCGCAUGCGAUCAAUGAUCUCAAGAAUCACCUCAAUCGGCCUAUUUCUGCCAUUUCGUCCAACCCAUCCGAGCACCAACUUCAGGGCCCAUCAUCAUUGCCUCAUUCAGUCCGCAGCCCCAGUGUGAUGCUGUAUAGCCCUGAGAGUGCCCCGCAUACAGGCGACCUGGCCGCCUCACCAUCGUUUGCCCUGCCGGUGUCCGCAUCUGUUCCCGUCCACGCAGGAGCGUUGGCGGCCACUGAACUCGGAGGUAUACCCACCGAAGGACGAUUGAUUGGGCUUGGCGUUGUUACUGCUGAGACCACAAAGAAGUCGAGGCCCGCAUCUCUCUCGUUGUCCCCCAGCGAUGGCGCCCUAUCAGCUAAGGGAUUGUGGUCUGCACACUCCAAGAAGACGAGCACAAGUUCAGCGGCCCUUUCCCAGGUCUCGGAUGGAGUAGACAAAGCGGCAACUGACACCGAGAGUGCUCCGACGAGCCUUCGCAGCAAGGCAAAGAAGGGAUUCAUGCGAUCCGUGUCUCGGGACCAAACGGCAGGUUUAGAGGGGGCUAAUGCUCCAUCUAGCCCUCAAAAGAUGCCCCCAGCUUCUGAAAGGCGUUCUAAUCAUAAGUCGAAGAGGAGCAUAGAUUCUGCGACCAAAACCCCUAGUCCUUCCGCGGAGGCCCAACGGCUUUCGUUCUUCAGCGCUUCCCUAGGUAAAUCACGAAAACCCGCUCCGCGGUACUCGGAAUCCAGUCAAGAGAUUUCUCCUACAUCUGCUGGACAUGAAAAGGUAUCCCGCGGUAUUUCUCGCCUCUAUAUCUCGGGAUCCACAAGAAAAGGUCGAAGUGGUGAAGGAGGUAGACCUUCAUCUGCUGGAAAGCGUCGCUCAAGUGGAGAUGCUGAGGAUAAGCCGAGGAAAAUACUUGAGGUUUCACCAACCGAAAAGCCUCCAGCCAACGCUAAUGGCCCCGUGAUUCUGAAGUCUGAUAAAUCUUUCUUGGAGCAGAUAGAGGAAUUUGAUCAUGAUGGAUGGAUGAGGAAGAAGGGUGAAAGGUAUAACACAUGGAAGUUAAGAUAUUUCGUUCUGAAAGGGCCACAUUUGUAUUAUCUGCGGGGGAAGGGAGAAGCGAAGAUCAAGGGUUACAUUAACAUCAAAGGAUAUCGCAUCAUCGCCGAUGAAAACAUAUAUCCUGGCCGAUAUGGAUUCCGGAUAGUUCACGACACCGGCAUGACUCAUUACUUCAGUUCAGAUGAACAAAUUACCAUUCGGGAAUGGAUGAAGGCAUUGAUGAAGGCUACCAUCGCACGCGACUACUCAAAGGCCGUGAUUUCAUCUGUCAACAUUCCCACCAUCCCCCUCAGCGUUGCCCAGGCCAUGUCACCUGCACCUCGUCCUCCCUCACCCACAGCCCGGGAUGCGACUCAGCGUGCUCUUCGGCGAGAAAACACUAGCCAGCUCUCAAGUCGCGAUGCGCAGGUCCUAAUGGGUCUGCCAUCUGAGAAUGGGCCAAGUGGUGCUGUCUCGGACAUCACAGGAGAUAGUACUACAUUACGAGGCGAUGGCUCAACCCUGGGCCCCUCAACGCCACAUGUAGAUCGCACGCCUAAAACUGCAAGUGCGCCUGCCCGACCUACAAGGCGCCAGGUUGAAAACAGUGUCAAGAGUAUUCCCGUCGAAUCCCCGCAAGACGUCGAACUCCUAAAAUGGGUCAACUCACAUCUUGCAGGAACGAAACAUAGGGCGACCGACCUCUCCGCAUCACUCUCCACAGGCCUUGUUCUCUACCGUGUGGCUGAGCAUAUUAAAGGCACUCCUUAUGGGUCCGAGGUCACAGAUUCUGCCUUUCCAUCUUCACCAACGGACGAGAAACUCGAUGGUCUUUUCAUCCUUUUCGAUUUCCUUUUGGACAAUGACGUCCGCAUGGGAAGCGUCUCAAUUAAUGAUGUCCGACAGGGAAACCACGAUAAGCUUGUCCAGUUAGUCAAGUCUCUCAAAUCCUGGGAGGAAAAGAGGCAGGAGUUGGAGAGGACGAUCGACAAAAGCACAAGCGGUGCCUUGUACUUGGGUCCCUUCGUAGGAGCCCGAUCUUGAUUAUUUUUGCCGAUGACGGGAAGGUUCAGGGAGGUGGAAUAAGUGUCGUUAAAUUGGUACUUUCCAAAUCAUACAGCAUGGCUUUCUCUUCUGGCCGAGAUUUCAUAUUAACAUGUUAUGAUUAUGAUACAUGAGUACCCAUCUUCCUUGUGCUAUCUUCGACGAAGUCGAUCAUAUAGUGUAGCUUUGACCCCAGCUGGAUAUCGUGG